AAUCACUGCAGGGAGAUGCAUAAAUUAUGGCAGUUGCAGUUCUUCAGCAUAUUUGUGAUUCUGCAACUAUUUCAAGUAUUUCCUCUGACAGGCAGUGCGACGCCAAAAUCCCUCAGUGCUGUAAAUAAUCAUGAUUGUCCUAACUGCGUCGAAGAUUCCAGUGCACCUACGAGAUGGACGAUGCCACUGCUGAAGUUGGGUGAAAAGCGAUACUAUCUCAGUAUUUUCUUUAAGGCUAACUGGUUCAAAGCGCUGCAGUACUGCCGAUACCAUGGAAUGCAGCUCGCCAGCAUACAGUCACAGGAGGAAAACGAUCGCCUAGAGAAAUACGUUAAGGAUUAUGGACUAGCUGCGGAGCACUUUUGGACGUCGGGCACGGAUCUAGCGGAAGAAGGAAGCUUUUUCUGGAUAUCGAACGGUCGGCCGCUGUCGUUCACCAAUUGGAACGCCGGAGAGCCGAACAAUUUCCGAUAUGAGAACGGUGAGGAGGAGCACUGCUUAGAACUGUGGAAUCGAGACGGAAAGGGGCUCAAAUGGAACGAUACCCCCUGCAGCUUCGAAACGUACUUCAUCUGUGAAGUUUAAGGAUCAGGAUCAGCGCCAUUGGAUCGUCUUUCCUAAGGAGAACUCCAUCUUGAGACAUAUAAUAUACGCCAAACUAGUUGACAUUACAAUCUGUGAGAUUCUGGACCCAUAAAUAAAUCACAUUCAGUGUGUUCGUUCAUUUUAUCGUUACCUUAAAGUGUUCAAAACCCUGAACCAAUCUUAAAGAAACAAGUCUGUUCAAAACUUUAGAGUAUAAGUGUUUGUUUUUAGGAUAUGACUUAAUUCGGGAUUAGCUUACUUUUGCGGUAAAUGAAAAAAAGAUAAUAUUAGAAUUAUUUAUGAAGCACAAAAUCUAAGCUCAAGUAAGAAUAUUUCCCUUAAGCUAUGGGAGAAUAUUAAAAAAACAAAAUAAAAAAACAAAAGCGAUUUGAUUUAAGAUUAACACAUUUGAUCAGUUGAGAAACCAUAUCUCUGGAAUCAACUUUCACUGUCGCAUGUACGAAAACGUUAGGUAGAAAGUAUUUUUACUGUUAAGCGAACAAAAUGAUUGUAAAUAUUAUCAACUCUAUUUUGUGUUGCCGGCCAGAGUGUAAUAAAACACAGUUGCGUUAGGAUACACCGGUUU